AUGUUUAUGCUCCGCAACGUGAGCAAAUUCAUCUUCGGUGACACUUCCAAAGAAUCCAUCAUCGAAAUCCCCCAGGGCCAGCUGUACCUAGUGAGACCCGAUUCACCCAAGGGCUACUCAGAGCUCAUCUUCAAGGACGCGGCUGCCACUAUCCGACGUACCGGCCAGGAGUUUCAGUACCAGCUUGUUAUUCAAAGAGCGUACGAAGAAGGAGAAGAGGAGCUUGCGGACGACGAAGAUGAGCAAGCAGCAGAUGGUUUAGACAAAGACGAGAAAGUUUUCCUGCUAGACCAGACUCUGCAUUUCCGUUCUGAAGUUCGCGACGGAGGUGUUAAGAUCCUUGCUUGGAACGACCUAAGUGGCGACGAGGGCGACCUUUUUGAGUUUAUUUGCGAUACCUCGGUUCCUGCGGACAAGGUUGGCACUUUCGAGCUUGCUGCUCUACAGUGUCAGUACGAGCGCAAAUACCGCCGUAGUGCCCAGAAGGCCAGCGAGGCGGAGUUGCAAGAAUUCUCUUUUCAGGAGGAGAAGCCUAUCCCAUCUGCGAGUCCCAUCGCCUCACCCGCAUCUCAUUCCCGCAAUCAGUCUUUGACCGCCGAAGAAACCGCCGCCGAGAUGGCGAAAGAUGUGCAAUAUGCGCAAUCCAAGGGCAAGAUGAAGUCUGCUAGUGCCGACGAGGAACCCACAACUGCACCGGUCUCAGCUGCCCAGCCUGAGGCCAAGGAGGUCCUUUCAACGGAGAAGGCUGAACUUCAUCUCUUCGACUUCACUACAGGAACUUUCGUGUUGCAGGACUCUGAAGUUAUCGCAUCAGUUUCUGAAAUUGGCAACUGGCAAUACUGGCUUCAAAUCACUGGUACCGAGAAGGAAUGGCUAGGACAGGCUGUUGUGGGAGAUAUCAACCCCGUAUUCAAUUUUGAAUAUCUCUCGUUUAUCUUCAACCACUACGCCGAGGAUGGAUCUGCCUACUCAUGGUUGCUUCGAUUCAAGGAUCAACCUUCGGAGGAGCGAUUCCAAGAAGGGUUGAUGCAGGCUCUAUGGGAACAGCUCAACGAAAUGAAGUGGACCAAAGUCAAGGAGAACGAUCGUGAAUAUGUUCUGGAUGCUUUCCAGGAUCUCACCAUGGAGGAUGCGGAUGACAAGCCUGAAGAAGAGGAGGAAGAGGAGGAGGAGGAAGAUGAAGACCAGGACGAUGGCCAGCGCAGUGAGCACUACGACAGCGAUGAAGAAGAGGAGGAUGUUGUCACCCGCGAUGAGGAUGGCAAUGUGAACUCUCAGCUGGCUGUGGGUUACAAGCAUGACCGUUCAUUUGUGGUUCGCGGCUCCAAGAUUGGUGUCUUCAAGCAUACCGACAACAACAACCUUGAGUUCUCAACCACUAUCUCAAAGGUGGAAACCCCCGGCGGUAAACUGUUUAGUCCUAAGAAGGUUAUGCUGCACGCUGAGGAUCAGGAUAUGAUUCUUCAGAACACCGACGAUCCCAACUCUCUCUACCGUAUGGAUCUGGAGUAUGGUAAGGUUGUCGAUGAGUGGAAGGUCCAUGACGAUAUCACUGUCGACACCUUUGCUCCUGAGAAUAAAUUUGCCCAAAUGACUGCUGCUCAGACCUUUGUUGGUGCCUCUAAGAAUGCACUGUACCGUAUUGACCCCCGUCUUGCUGGUACCAAGCUUGUCGAUUCCGACCUCAAGCAAUAUGCCAGCAAAAACGAUUUCUCUGCAAUGGCCACUACUGAAAAGGGCUACCUCGCUGUCGCAUCCAACAAGGGUGAUAUUCGCAUGUUCGAUCGCUUGGGUAUCAACGCCAAGACCCAUAUCCCUGCUCUUGGUGAACCGAUCAUCGGUCUUGAUGUUUCGGCUGAUGGACGCUGGGUGCUUGCUACAUGCCGUACUUAUCUUCUUCUGAUCGACUCCUUGCAGAAGGAGGGCAAAAAUGAGGGCAAGCUUGGCUUCGAGAAGUCAUUCGCCAAGGAUUCGAAGCCACAGCCGCGUCGUCUGGGCUUGCAGCCUGCACACGUCGCUCAAUUCCAGCACGAGACCAAGCAGCCGAUCGCUUUUACUACCGCUCGCUUCAACACUGGAGUUGACAAGGAGGAAACCUCUAUCAUUACUGCCACUGGUCCAUUCAUCAUCACCUGGUCCAUGAAGAAGCUUUUGGCAGGCCGCAAGGACCCAUACACCAUCAAGCGCUACGGUGAAGAUGUCAUGGCCGAUAACUUCCGCUUCGGCUCUGAUAAGAAUGUUAUUGUUGCCCUUCCCAACGAGGUCAACAUGGUCGCCAAGCGUAGCUUCCAGAAGCCCACUCGUGAGAGUAUUGCAGGCCCGAUCACACCAAUGCGUGCUCGAAAUGGCCGAUUCAGCAGCCAUCUUGGUCGCAAUGAUAUUGUGAACUCCCCUUACUAG